ACAAACAUAUCCCAAAAUGACUACUGUUGCCAAUGGAGAGAAUUUUGUCAAAGUUGUAUCAUUUGAUACGAUGACCAAUAAGGACUUGCCAAACUAUUCAUUUACUUUGAGAGGAAAAUCACCUGGAUUUAAGCGAACAAGACGCUCUCGAACAUUUAUGGUCGCCACAGAUUUAGCAAAUUAUAGUGAAUAUGCACUUACUUGGGCUACUGAUGAAAUAAUGGACGAAGGAGAUGAACUGAUCGUGUUGAGAGUAGUAACUGUGGAUAUGAAUGAUAAAAAAGGAAAUAUGGCAAACCUUUUAGAUUUCGAAGCAAAGCAGUCCAGAGAAAAGGCAAGCCAAGUAAUGGCAAAGAUUAUGAAAAACACUGCAGAAGAAAAAAAAAUAAGCGUUGUCAUCGAAUUUGUCAUCGGCAAAGUACAGGAAACCAUUCAGAAUAUGAUUACCAUGUAUCAACCAUCACUUUUAAUUGUUGGCACAAGAGGAUUAUCCGAAUUUAAAGGCAUGCUGCUCGGUAGUGUGUCCAAAUACUGUCUUCAACAUUCACCUGUGCCAGUAGCAGUAGUUAGACCAGAAGACAAGAAAGUGAAGAAAUCAUCAAAGCAGAGAUUAAGCGGUCUAAUGAGACUAGGAAGUGGCAAUAUUCCCACUAUGAGCUCAUUUAGCAACGUUUCUGAAGAUAGUGACGGUCCUAAAGAUAGUAGUAUGUUUAAUAAGCUAUCUUUGAAGCAAAGUAAAUAUCGCUCGAGAUCAACAUCUCCAGCUCCUCGCUAACACUUUUUAAUGCUGCAUAUCCUCCAAGUUACACACAUAAAAUAAACAUAAACCAUUGGUUUAAAUUUUGACGUCCUUUCU